CGCCUCGCCUCGACGUCCGCGGCACAAGUCAAGAUGUAACAGAAGCCUCUCGGUCCCGCAAAGAUGCAACCUACAACCUCGUCCUCGGGCCGGUCCCAGGGCCGCCCUCCGGGGAGCUUCUCGCCCUUGCCUGGCCUGCCGCGGUCGUCUAGCGACCUCAACCAGGCGCCGGGCUCCAGUAGCGAGGAGAGCUCGCCCGCCAAUGCCAUCCCCAAAGCGCGCCAGCCCAGCGUCAACACCCCCUCCACGCCGAUAUAUCAGCAGCUGGCCGCCAGCCAUGCCAGCUUGAACAGCCCCAGCGCCCAGCAGUCCUAUCCUCGCCCGGCCGCUCCCCGAACCGCAGCCCAGGGCUCGUCGUCGUCGCCCGUCCUCAAGACCCAUUCCCGGAAGCACGCCGCCACCCAGGGCAUGUUUGAGCCCACUCUGCCCUCGACAAGCACAUCCAACCUGUCGCAGGUCGGCAUGGGCCCCAACAACCAGGCUUCGGGCUCUGCAACUGCGGGCUUGUCGGCUAGCCAGAUCGCCGCGCAGGCCGCUGUCAUGUCCCACCAGAAUACCCUCCAGUCGCGCCAGCGGUCCCAGACGGCUCCGGAAACCGAGAACACUCGAAGGGGCAGCGGCGGCAAAGGCCCUAUAAGCCCUCCUACUCUGAGCCUGACGGAGGCGAGCGCGCCCAGGGAGUCCGCCUUCAGUGCUCAAGGAGGAGCGCAUCAGGACAGGCUGGGGGCUGCCUCGCAGUCUUCGGCUGCUGCUACGGCCGCGGCCAAUGUUGUGUUUCCUCGCUCUGGAGGCAAUUCCCCUCGAGACCCGUCCGUAUCUCCACAGCCGCUUCCGUUCCCAACUCUGCCCACCACGGCCUCUACCCACACCGUUUCAGAAAAGGUUCUGUCAAAGUCAGAAAAGGCAAAAGCAAAGCUAUUCUCGCGGCCGUCCAAGAUCAGUGCCAAGGACACCAAGGAAAAGGCACUACCCAGCCCCGGUAAGAUUGGGUCGGCCUUGUCGGCUCUCCAACGAAGCAACUUCAGCUCGACGAGCCUCGUCGAUCCCAAUGGCCAGUCGUUUUAUAAUCUCAACAACUCCUCGUCCGCUACCAUCCGAGCAAGCGAGGUGACUGGGGAGGAAAAGACCAAGGAGAAGGAGAAGAAGCACCACUUUCUUUCGAGGCAGAAACAGAAGCUCAAGGACGAAUACCACUUGCCUCUGUCGUCGGCCGCCAGCAACUCAAGACCCAGCGACCCCAAUGCACCCAGCAGUCUUUAUAACUUCAGCGUCCCGGCCAGCCCCGGUCCUACCACGUCUACCUUUGCCAAGGCCAAGAAGGACAAGAAGAAUGCCGAGAGAUCGGACAGCCGGAUGGACAGUGAAUCUGUCCCUGGAGAUUGGCCAGGGAGUAGCAGCCUGCCGUCCACGUCACAUCAGUCAAGCAGCCUAUUCGAGCCAAUAGAUGGCGGCAAGUCGGCGGCAGUGGGCUUGUCCAUGGACGACGCCUGGCAUUAUCUUAAGCCAAAGCUCCUUGUCAUCUUCCAGGGUGAGGAUCUCCGUAUCCCGGUUGAAGACAUCAACCGGAUCGUCAGCCUACAUAUACAAUCGUGCGUCCACAAAAGGGAGCUUUUGUCCACGGGCUUCGCCACAAUGGACAAGACGCUACGGAAGACGCCAGAGGAGCGCUUCAUGCCGACUCUCGUCGAGCUGUGGCUCUUCACCUUUACCUCCAUCCUGCCGUACAUGCAAGCGGCAUUACUACCCCUUGACUUGGAGGUCUCUGCUCGCGACUUUUGGGGCGGCGUUGUUACCGCUCCCUCCCCAUCACCAUCGGCAGGGCAACCAGCUCAGGUCCUGCCUGCUUCUGCCGUUCUCGAUGUGAGACGGCUAGUCUUGACGGCGUAUCGUGACGCCACAAUAUUCUCUCGCCUGUCACUGGAAUUUCUUCCGUCCGCGUUUGCCAACAUGGCACUCGCUUCUCCGCCUCUGGAACCCAGUCUCUCCGCGUCGCCUCCCGAGUCCUUCUUUUCCAUGGCCCUGGGAUCGUUCAACUCCACGAGCACCACCCUCCUGGGUGACGGCUCUGCUGGCAGCCGUAGUCGGGCUGUGAGCAACGUCAGCCUCGGCAGCCGGAACAGCGACGGAGCCCUCAGCAGCGUCCGUGAGCAGAACGUCGAGGACUCGAAGCAGGUGGCUGACAUGGUAGGUCGGAUGCUCCAGUGCAUGAGCGUGCUCUCGAGCAUCGGCGGCGUAGGAGGCGAUGUCGACGACGAGGGCAACAGGAAGAUGGUUGAGCUGGGCCGGACGGGGCGCAACAGGAUGGGCAUUGUGGGGGAGGUGAGGGUGGUUUAGUGCGGAUCUGGCGUUUCUUCUUGAAGAGGAGAGGAUAUUGAGUAUCGCACUUGUUAGGGAUAAGAA